UAGGCCAAUGAACAGAGUUAUCCACAAUCUAGAAGAAAAGAGUUAGAUGCAUGGUUUUGUGUAAUUGUCAAUUUAUAAUGCAAGAAGUUACAUGCCAUGUAUGCUUUGUCUUCUUCUUUAACUAAAGUGAAGCGAAGCGAAGCUAGCAUACAAAAGUGGUUGGCCGGCCCUCUCCUCUUUUCCCAAGGCCCCAUCUCCUAGACUCCUUUUGAUAUGGCAUAGGAAGAAGAACAAAUACAUAAAGAAGAGGACUUGAUUAGUGACUUACCCUUAAAGUAAAAUAAAAUAAAACCAUGGUCACCUGCAACUGUGACCCAGAAGCCACAGUGCAACCCAGCUCAUUACUCCCCCAUUAGUAUAUGAGAAAGAGAUAAAUUUAAAACCCUUUCAAAGGCGCAAAUUAAGGAGGAAAUAACAUGAAACAACUGUAGCUGUAUGGCUUAGCUAUUGGUGCUGAUGAUGGUGAUGAUGAGGGCCUUGUAUUUUUCAUCAUCAAGAUUCAAAGCAAAAACACACCUUUUGCAGUUUUGCUUCACCAUCUCACCAAAAACCAAAAGCCAAAAGCUCUUCUUAUACUACCACUACUACUAGCAAAGCCCCAAAGACAAAGGCUCCACUUCUUCAGCUUACAAACUUCAUUCCCACAAUUCUUCAACUGCUUCAUGGUUUGAGUAACAAUUAAGCCCCAGAAUUUGACACCAUGAUCCCAGCAUGUUUCAGCCAACCCAACACAAUCUCAAGCAGCUCUCAAGUGCCUCAAAACCUCAUAACCUGCAUAUACCAAACUGAGCUUGGCAACUCGCCCACAUAUCUCACUCUCACUUGGUCCAAAGCCCUCUUCUCUCACUGCCUAACUAUACAUGCUCCAGACUCUUUUUCCAUCACCAUCUCUCUCAACCCAACAACCUUCUCAUUUUUCCGAACUAAACCAGGUUCCAAGUCCAUCCAUCUAACCCACCACCAUUACCAGAGAAUCAAACUGUACUGGGACUUCACUCAGGCUAACUUUGCUCACAACUCGGCUGAGCCCGAUUCUGGCUUCUAUAUUGCCAUUUCUUGCAAUGCCAAAGUUCAGUUCUUUCUAGGGGAUCUUUUGGAUGAGUUGACUCGACGAUCAGGGUUAGUUGGAACUCACCAACUUGAACAACCGACCCUACUGUCAAGGCGAGAGCAUGUGUUUGGGAAUAGGAAUUACAUAUCUCGAGCUCAGUUCUUGGGGUCUAAGCAUGAAAUUGGUAUAGAGUGCAGUGAAGGUACUCUUAAAGUAAAGGUAGAUGGAGAAACUAGCCUAAUUGUGAAAAGGUUGGCUUGGAAGUUCAGAGGCAAUGAGAGAAUUUUCGUUGGUGGAGUCGAAUUUGAAUUCUAUUGGGAUGUGUUCAACUGGGUUAAUAAUCGUAAAGGUACUACUAAUGGCACUGGACAUGGUGUAUUUGUUUUCCAAGUUGGUGAUGGUGGGGUGUGGCCAGAAAUGGUAGGUACUGAGAAGAGGUUGAUGAGGAAGAGCUUGUCCAUGUCGGCUGCUUCAGCAUCAAUGCCUUCGAUGGUCUCAUUAUCACCAUCCCCAUCAUGCUCGAGUGUGUUGCAAUGGGCUGAGGAAAGCAGUGAUGGUGGGAGGAGUUCAUGUUCUUCAUCCACUAGGUCCUGUGGUAGUAAUGGAGGGUUUUCUUUGUUGCUCUAUGCUUGGAGGAAGGAUUGACAAUGCAAUAUGCAUUAUGAUCUGAUACUCUCAUUUAUUAAUUUCAAUGUAAGGAACUGCUCGAAAUCGGAAAUAAUUCCUUCUGGAUGUAAAUUUUCUUGUGAUCUCCUGUGUGUAUAUUAUCAGUAUAUCAUUACUUUUAGCAAAAUUUUCAAAUUUUGAAGUCUAUUUCCCAUCACUAACUAUUCAAAAUAAUUCAGGAUCAUGGGCAUAAGCAAUAAGCAACAACCAAAGUCCACAAGGCCACACUACUUUUUAGUAUUUUUCCAAAACUCAAACCAAAGGAACUCAGAACUAUCAUUAACAUAAGCACAUACACAUUUGCAUCUUUGGAUUCUCUACUAGAGCACUGAACCAACUCAGCUGUGGCGCACAUAUAUCUUUUGAAGAUCCAUUAGCCUUUUUUAUUUCCCUUUAAUGGAAAAGCCUGGACUUUCUGCAGUAAACCAUGAGGAGCUUUCAUUACUACUUUACUGUCCCUAUAGUUUAGGUCUAUAGUCUCUUCAUGACUGUGUUCCCUAUCAUCAUUGCAGACAUAUGCUUCUUAGUUCUCCCCAGUUGUAAUAAUCAUAGCUCCUAAAAAGUUGAUUUUUUUUCUCUUAGUUUCUCUUGGAAAACAAAUGAAUAUGCAAUGUGUAGCAACUUUUCUGUGUAAAUUUUAUGAUCUAGAUCAUAGAUUUUGGACUGCAUACUGUCUACAGUAACUAGAGGCAAAAGGUUUGAGGGAAAUUUUGCCGGGUUUCUAAGAGCACAUUGUCUGGCCUGAUUGACAAUACCAAAUAGGGAAUAAAAUAGCAAAAAUUCUAGUAUGGACCAAGGUGCACGUGGACCACAGUGAAAUUCGGAGCGUGAACAGUACAGGGGCAUGAACAGUAUGCAGAAUUAACUCUUGGUGCAGGUGGACUUUGGUCCACCCAAGACUAGAUCGACUUGGUUUCAAACUAGUCUACGACAGUACGAAACUAGUCUAUUGCUAUACAGAUACGUUAAUAUAUCAUCAAACUUUUGUAUGUGUAAUUUAGAAGAUAGCAACCAAACCAGUACAUAUUAACAAGUGACGGUCUCAAAUUUGCUAGAGACAAGUUGCUAACCUAAAAUACAGAUACAGAGAUUCACCAAACAAAUAUUCAGCUAUAAACUUCUAUAUCUGAAGCCCUCUACAUAGAACAAAAUGGUAGCUGAAAACAAGUCAAAGAAAAACCAGAAACAACAUGCACCCUCUUAAAGUAAGAUUUGGUAGAAAGCAACACUAACCGGAGUAGCGGACUGUUACAUUUUGCUGAGAUGUAGGAUGUCAUAUAAUAUUGGUGUAUGGCCCAUUGAGAAUGAAGAAAAGUAAUGGCAAUAC